AUGACUGAAGCCAAACAAGAUUUAAUUGAAUUAUCAACAAAUCCUUUAGAUGUAUGGAUAAAUACACAUUAUGAUGAAUUGUGUGCAGGUAUGACGUGUGAAAAUGCUCUAUUCUGCAAACCAUCAGACAUGAAAGACAAAAACUUUCAAAUGAGCAUUAAGGAUAAAUGUGAUAGGAAACAUAGAAGAAUAGACGAUAAACAAACAUGGUGUUAUGUUUUGAAAGAAGAAAUGAAAGGAUUAUAUAAACAGGUUGAACCAAACGAUAAUGAGGAUUCAUUUACUGACGAUGAAAUACCUGUAAAUGAUGCUUUAUAA